GGAGUAGGCGCUCCCGCCCGCCCCGCGCGGGCUUCGGUGCUGGGGGAGGACGCGCCCGCCCGCGGAGCAGCCGGGCUGGCGCGCUCGGUUUCUGGGCGAAAGCCGGCCGUGUACCUAGGAAUUAACCGGCCGGCGCGGGAGGGGAGGGGAGCGGGAAGCGGGGCGGGGGGGAUGCUGAGCGCGCGCGAGAACAAUAAUAAGAUCGUGUUUGCGGUCGCUGCCCGAGGAGGAAUUCGGAGGAGGCGCGAGGCCCGGCGCUCGCGCCGCGCCCGGGAGCCCGGGAGGGAGGCCGGCGGCGGCGGCAGCGGCGGCGGCGGCGGCGGCAUGAGGCAGGCGACGCGGCGCCUGUGAGCAGCGCGCGGCGGCGGCGGGGACCUCGGCGCGGGCGAGAGCCGAGCGGCCGGGGGCUCCCCUCCCCCGCUGCCGGGCCGUGAUUUGCCGGGCCUGCUGCGCCCCCCGCCCACCCCUCGCCUCAGCCGCCGCCUCGCCGCUUCCCCUCGUCGGAGCGGCCGCUCGCCCGCCCGCUCGAGGCCCGCGGGGAGCGCGGCGCAGUCCGUCGGCCCACGGGGGGGCGGCCUCCCGGCAUCUUCGCGGCGACCAAGGACGACCGGGGGAGGAAGCGGCCGGGAUGGCGCGUCCGCGGCCCCGCGAGUACAAGGCGGGCGACCUGGUCUUCGCCAAGAUGAAGGGCUACCCGCACUGGCCGGCCCGGAUUGAUGAACUCCCAGAGGGAGCUGUGAAGCCCCCAGCAAACAAGUAUCCUAUCUUCUUUUUUGGCACCCAUGAAACUGCAUUUUUAGGUCCGAAAGACCUUUUUCCAUAUAAGGAAUACAAAGACAAGUUUGGAAAGUCAAACAAGCGGAAAGGAUUUAAUGAAGGAUUGUGGGAAAUAGAGAAUAACCCAGGAGUGAAGUUUACUGGGUACCAGGCAAUUCAGCAGCAGAGCUCCUCAGAAACUGAGGGAGAAGGCGGGAACACUGCAGAUGCGAGCAGUGAGGAGGAAGGCGAUCGAGUAGAAGAAGAUGGAAAAGGCAAAAGAAAGAAUGAAAAAGCAGGCUCAAAACGGAAAAAGUCCUACACUUCAAAGAAAUCCUCUAAACAGUCCCGGAAAUCUCCAGGAGAUGAAGAUGACAAGGACUGCAAAGAAGAGGAAAACAAAAGCAGCUCUGAGGGCGGAGACGCCGGCAAUGACACAAGGAACACGACUUCAGACUUGCAGAAAACCAGUGAAGGGACCUAACUACCAUAAUGAAUGCUGCAUAUUAAGAAAAACCAUAAGAAGGUUAUACAUUUGGUUGUCUAAUAAUCUUGGAUUUGAUAUGAACCAACACAUAUUCCUUGUUGUCACUGACAGAACCCCAGUUUGUAUGUACAUUAUUCACAUUCCUCUCUGUUGUGUUUGGGGGAAAAAAGACAUUUUAGCCUUUUUUAAGGUUAUUGAUUUAAUUUCAUGUUAUUUGGUUGCA